AUAAAGACGAUGGCAUCUUGGGGGGAAGCAUUCAGUAAAGUCUGGAUAUUGACCAGAUCGUGAGAGACUUGGUAGAGACAUGAGAAUUUUGUUUCUCACGGUGUUAGUGGGGCUGCUGGCCUUGGCCGUGUGCGAGAAGAAAAAGGAGAUUACGAGUAAGCCGAGCAAAAAUGCUGAACGCGAGAAAAAACAGGAAAAGCGCGGACUGAUUCACGUCGAGGGAGACUUUGGAGGACACGAUGAUGGUGGCGGUUAUGGUGGCGGUUAUGGUGGCGGUUAUGGUGGCGACGGCGGCGGCUUUGAAUCUUCCCACGAUAUCGGCGGCGGAGAUAUUGGUGGCGGACACGACAUUGGCGGUGGUUAUGAUGGUGGUUACGGUGGCGGCGAUAGCGGUGGUCAUGAUGGUGGUUACGGCGGUGGCGGUGGCGGUGGCGACGACGGUGGCAAGAUCAAGCAGAUCACGAUCGUGAAGACCGAGAAGGUGCCUUAUCCGGUCGAGAAGAAGGUUCACUAUCCGGUGGAAAAAGAAGUACCGUAUCCGGUUAAAGUGCCAGUACCGCAGCCAUAUCCGGUCGAGAAAAAGAUCCCAGUACCGGUGAAGGUUUUGGUAAAGGUACCGGUUCACAUACCGCAGCCGUAUCCAGUCGAGAAGAAGGUGCCUUAUCCGGUUCACGUGCCGGUAGAAAGACCGGUACCCUACAAAGUAUAUAUCCCCCAGCCGUAUCCAGUCGAGAAGAAAAUAACAUAUCCAGUGAAAGUACCGAUACCGCAACCGUUCCCAGUGGAGAAGCCCGUGCCGUACACUGUGAAGGUUCCAGUGCAUGUAGCGCAACCCUUCCCCGUGGAGAAACCAGUACCGUACCCCGUGACAGUGCCCGUUGAACGACCGUACCCAGUACACGUGGCUAAACCGUAUCCGGUCCCAGUUGAGAAACCAGUACCGUAUCCAGUUGAAAAGAAAGUACCCUACCCAGUCAAAGUUCACGUGGAGCGACCAGUAGGAGUGCCAGUAGAGAAACCAGUGCCCGUCCACAUUAAAGUACCGGUACCGGCGCCGUAUCCAGUAGAGAAGCCAGUACCUGUGCCGGUCGAGAAACCGGUGCCCUAUGCCGUAAAAGUGCCUGUCGAACGACCCGUGCCGGUUCACGUGACGAAGCCAGUGGCUGUGCCGGUACCCAAACCGGUACCGUAUCCCGUAAAAGUGCCGAUAGCGGUACCAGUGCACGAGCACGACUCCGGAGAUGGAGGUGACUACGAGUCCAGCUUCGGGGGAUACUCGGGACAUUAUUAAUAUCAAAAAGCGUGGCAGUGGAGGAUUUUUUCUUUUUCAACUUAAAAAGAAAUUAACGAAAGAGAAAAGAAAAUGCGUUAAGAUGAAGUAAUAAUCAAAUGUAAAUAAUUAAAUUUCUUAAUUCGACUCAAUGAUUUUAAUCAAUUUGUAUAUAAAAACAUUAAAUUGUAUUAAAUUGUGUAUAUAUUCAUGGAAAGAAAACUAGAAUUAGAUCGUGUUAAUUUGUAGAAAUUAAAUUCGAGAUAUACAGAUAGACUGGGUAAGUGAUUCAUAGAGGGGCUCAAGAAAAUUCUCCACUGCGUCAUACGAACGAACGUAUCAGCGCGCAUUACGGAAUAUCGCAAUAACAUUUCUUCUACAUGUUUUUCAAACGCAUUGCGUCGAGAAGAAAAUCAUAGAGCAAUGCGAUUCGUAACGCGGUCAACGAUUGAUCUUUCAUACGGGAGCGUUUAACGAAGCGUUUCCUCGGCACUCGCGAGUCUCGAAUUUUAUUUUUCGAAGUGUAAGUCUGCGAGGAAAACGCGGACGUAUUUAUUUUUCUAACUUAACGUCGUUCUCGCCGCGGGAUCCGACGAGGGAAUGAUGAGUUUGCAGAAUAGCCGAUUUUGCGCCGUGAAAGAUGAUUAUGGGUCUCCGAGUCUGCUUAGAGUCAGCGCUAACGAUUUCUUAGAUAUAUAGUAUCGACAACUUAAAUACCUACGAGAACAUAUGUACUAUGUUUCUUACGACGUUUGGAAUUUGUAACGAACGUCUUUGUACGAUGUCUUUCGCUUCUUUCUAAUAAAACCAAAGAGCAAAACGACA